GGAAGGGAUAAACGAAGCUUGUUUCCUUCUCCAAGUUCUUGCUUCUAGAUUAAUACUCAUCUCGUGAUGGCAGUAGGAGGAUCCUUUAAAUUGAAUAUUUAUUACGAAAGCUCCAAAGGGGACCAAAUCGAACUUCUUCUCUCCAUUAAAUAAUUUACAUUUUCUUCCCAUUUCUCGGCAACCAAACAUGGUCACUGUUGUCAAAUACAGAUUUAUAUGGGGAAGAAGACACUAAGAAUAACAUCUGUAUACUGAUUAUUUCCUCGUGUGUGCAUAUAUAUAUAUAUACACUCCCGAGCAAAGACAAACUGGAGAGGGACACUUUUGGGUGAAUGAUUGUUGUGCAAACAAGUAGUACAAAAGGGAUAGUAGCUGUCAUUUGCUUCUUGUUAAAUCAAUAAAGGGAGUCUCUGCAACUUCUGCUAAGCUUUUUUUGCGCUUUAAUGGAGGAAGAUUCGAGUUUAGCUCAGUUGGGUAAUGGAGCAUCAACGAUGGUGAUCCGGAAUCAAAACAUGGGAGGUGAAGCUGGGGAAGAAGAAAGAGAUCCAGAAACCAAUUCUUUGCAUCAGCCACUCCUCAAGAGAAACAGAACUCUUUCUGCAAAUCCAUUGGCCUUGGUUGGUGCCAAGGUUUCCCAUAUUGAGAGCUUAGAUUAUGAGAUAAAUGAAAAUGAUCUUUUCAAACAUGAUUGGAGAAGCAGAUCCAGAGUACAAGUUUUGCAGUAUGUGUUCCUGAAAUGGAGUCUGGCCUUUCUUGUUGGUCUCUUGACUGGCUUGAUUGCCACUCUCAUCAAUCUUGCAGUUGAGAAUAUUGCAGGCUACAAGCUUCUUGCAGUCAUUCAUUUCAUUGAGAAAGGAAGGUACUUGAUGGGGUUAAUCUAUUUCACUGGGGCAAAUUUUGUCUUGACACUGGUUGCUGCUGUUCUCUGCGUGUGCUUUGCGCCCACAGCCGCUGGACCUGGUAUUCCUGAAAUCAAAGCCUAUCUCAAUGGAGUAGAUACUCCAAACAUGUUUGGUGCUACAACUUUGAUUGUCAAGAUAAUAGGCAGCAUUGGAGCUGUUUCUGCUGGACUUGAUCUUGGAAAAGAAGGGCCUUUGGUGCACAUUGGCAGUUGCAUUGCUUCUUUACUUGGCCAAGGUGGCCCUGAUAAUCACCGCAUCAAGUGGCGUUGGCUACGCUACUUCAACAAUGAUAGAGACCGCAGGGAUCUCAUCACCUGCGGCUCCUCAUCUGGGGUUUGUGCUGCUUUCCGUGCCCCAGUAGGUGGUGUCUUAUUUGCCCUUGAAGAGGUAGCUACCUGGUGGAGGAGUGCUUUGCUUUGGAGAACCUUCUUUAGCACAGCAGUAGUGGUGGUGGUGCUCAGAGCAUUCAUUGAAACCUGUAAUUCUGGGAAAUGUGGGCUUUUCGGAAGAGGAGGGCUUAUCAUGUUUGAUGUGAGUGAUGUCAAAGUUUCAUACCAUGUGAUGGAUAUUAUUCCUGUGAUUGUCAUUGGCAUUCUUGGUGGAGUUCUUGGAAGCCUUUACAAUUACCUUCUUUACAAAGUCCUCAGGGUCUACAAUCUUAUCAAUCAGAAAGGAAAACUUCACAAGUUACUUCUCAGUCUCAGUGUCUCGGUCUUCACCUCAGUUUGCCUAUACUGUCUCCCUUUCUUAGCUACAUGCAGAGCUUGUGAUCCAUCUGUUUCCGAGGCUUGCCCUACCAACGGACGUUCUGGCAACUUCAAACAAUUCAAUUGCCCAGAUGGUUAUUACAACGAUCUAGCUACUCUCCUCCUCACCACAAAUGAUGAUGCUGUCCGAAACAUCUUCUCUUCAAACACUCCUAAGGAAUUUCAGCUUGCCUCCCUCAUGAUAUUCUUUGCAGUCUACUGUAUUUUAGGACUCAUUACCUUCGGUAUUGCGGUGCCUUCUGGUCUCUUCCUCCCCAUCAUCCUAAUGGGCUCAGCUUAUGGCCGAGUUCUUGGUGUGGCCAUGGGGUCCUACACCAACAUUGAUCAAGGACUGUACGCUGUUCUUGGUGCAGCCUCUCUCAUGGCUGGCUCAAUGAGGAUGACUGUUUCUCUUUGUGUCAUAUUCCUUGAGCUCACCAACAACCUUCUCUUGCUACCCAUUACAAUGAUUGUCCUCCUAAUAGCCAAAACAGUCGGAGAUAGUUUCAAUCCAAGCAUAUACGAAAUCAUAUUGCAUCUAAAAGGCUUGCCUUUCUUAGAUGCAAAUCCUGAGCCAUGGAUGAGGAAUCUCACUGUUGGUGAGCUUGCUGAUGCAAAGCCUCCAGUUGUAACCCUCCACGGAGUGGAAAAGGUGUCUCGAAUUGUUGAGGUCCUCAAGAACACUACACAUAAUGGCUUCCCUGUUGUUGAUGAAGGAGUGGUGCCAUCAAUGGGGCUGCCUAUUGAUGCAAGAGAGCUUCAUGGACUGAUACUGAGAGCUCAUCUUAUUCAAGUGCUGAAGAAGAAAUGGUUCUUGCCCGAGAAGAGGAGGACGGAGGAGUGGGAAGUUAGGGAGAAAUUCAGUUGGGUUGAGCUAGCUGAGAGGGAAGGGGACAUCAGAGAAGUGGGUGUUACAAGUGAAGAAAUGGAGAUGUAUGUUGAUUUACAUCCUCUGACCAAUACAACUCCUUUCACAGUAGUGGAAAGCAUGUCAGUGGCCAAAGCAAUGGUGCUAUUCAGGCAAUUGGGACUUAGGCAUUUGCUUAUUGUUCCCAAGUAUGAAGCUGCAGGGGCUUCCCCAGUGGUUGGGAUCUUAACCAGGCAGGACUUGAGGGCUUACAACAUUCUGCAAGCUUUUCCUCAUCUGGCAAGACCUAAGAGUGGAUAAAAGAUAAAUUAGUUUGUUUGGAUUCUCAAAUUGGUAUACCGGCUUUUCAUGAAGCAGCUAUCUUUCUUCUGUACCUCCACAAUUUGACCUCAGUUUUGCAUUCUUUCAUGGAAUCACAGAGGAAACAGAUAUAGAUAUCAGAUUGAUAUAAACGUCUUCAUUUUUCCA